ACCGAGCUCAGCUGAUCGGUUGCCACUGCCGCCGCCGCCAGAUUCCAGAGGCAAAGAACAAGAAGCUCUGGAGACUAGACAUGGACGUGAGUAUCGCCCCGCUCCGCGCUUGGGACGAUUUCUUCCCGGGCUCUGACCGCUUCUCCCGGCCGGACUUCAGGGACAUCUCCAAAUGGAACAACCGCGUGGUGAGCAACCUGCUCUAUUACCAGACCAACUACCUGGUGGUGGCUGCCAUGAUGAUUUCCGUUGUGGGGUUCCUGAGCCCCUUUAACAUGAUCCUCGGAGGAACCGUGGUGGUGCUGGUGUUCACGGUGUUCGUGUGGGCAGCCCACAACAAAGACAUCCUGCGCCGCAUGAAGAAGCACUACCCCACUACAUUCGUCAUGGCGGUCAUGCUGGCCAGCUACUUCCUCAUAUCUAUGUUCGGGGGAGUCAUGGUCUUUGUGUUUGGCAUCACUUUCCCUUUGUUGUUGAUGUUUGUCCAUGCGUCGCUGAGACUUCGGAACCUCAAGAACAAAGUGGAGAAUAAAAUGGAGGUAAUGGGUUUGAAGAAGACGCCAAUGGGCAUUGUCCUGGAUGCCCUAGAACAGCAGGAAGAAAACAUCAGCAAAUUUACCGACUAUAUCAGUAAAGUGAAGGAAUAAAUAGAGCUGCCCUGGGGACAGGGCUACAGCAGAAAUCAAGUUGCAGUUUGCCCUUGUUCAGACCUUUUUGUUCAACUUUCCAUUUGUGUUUCUGAAACAGGAGGUGCAAGUAACAUCCAACUAUCUAUGGCAGCAUGCACUUAGGCCAACUGUUAACAUCUCUAAUGUUAUAGAGAGAGGUCCUCUGAAACUGAAAGAGACCACCUCCUUUUAUGUCUGAAGCUCCAAGUGUGUUUAUGAAAAUUGAUAGGAAAUGGAUCACAAUUACUUCUUUAGGGAAAUAAAAGAAGAAAAAUUAUAGAUGGUACAACAAUACUGAUCUUGUAGGGAAAAAAAGGAACUAUAAAGUAUCAAGGCAAUAUGGGUAGUGGAAAGUUUGAAAAAGUAGAUUAUGUCAUGAAUUAGCCUGUUUUAAUCACCUUCCAGCCUCCUCCUCCAAAUAUAUUCCCUAGGGUUAUAAUAUGUACAAAUUAGUUUAGUUUUUAUUAUUUUUCUUUUUGAGAUGAUCUCUAUCACUUUGCGCCUGUUUGAUGUGCAGUGCAAACUGGACAAACCCCUUCUGUAUACUUUGUUUACAAAUAUAAAGAUAGCUGUUUAGGAGAAUAUUUUGGCAAAUUUUCCAAGUUUUUGAAAUGCUAGUGAUGUGUUUUCACUAGCAGAUGUUUGCUGCAAACUAAGUGUCUCCUUUAAGGAGGUCAUAGCCAUGUAAUCUGUAUUAUUCUUGGCAGUCUUGUUAAAAAAAUAAAACAAAACAAAACUUGACUUCUGUUUAUAUCGCACAUUUCUGUUGUUACAAUGAUGAGAAAGCGUCCAAGAUAAUGUUUCCCAUAUUUUGACUGUUUUUAGUUUUUAACUGGAGCAUUUGGAGAGAAGGAAAUGAAUGUGUGUUUUGUAAAUUUCUUAGAGGCCCAAAGAGACGAUAAUAGCUGUCCUCUGGGAAUCUGAAAAGCACCUGUAGAUGACCAGGCAAAAAGACUAUUAAACACGUCAGUGAAAAUGGGAGUUAAUCAGUGGCUUCUGCAGUGCAUAGACAUUUAGAUAGCAACUGCUACAGUCAUGUUUCUAUAGACAGACAUUAGAAUUAAGACAACAUGAAUUAAUAUAUUCUGUUACAUUCUACCUUUUAUUUCUCAUGUGUUUAGAAACAUUAUGCAAAACGUUUGCUUGCCAAUUGAUUUCAUAGAUGAAUAGAAAACAUUUAGGUUCUCCUAACACUGAAUUAUGAAGACAACUGAAGCAGUACUUACUGAAGAGACUCUGUACGUCCUAGAAUCACAAAGCAACAGAAAAUGCUGCUGAUUUUUCUUGUAUUUUCUCAGCUGACCUUGCAGCCUUGAUCUCUAGCAUGGCGGUGUCACCAUGACUUUACAGACAUUGUCUGGAAUUUGUACCCUUACCCAAAUAUGAAGAAUAAAAUUUAUCAAAGGUA